AAACCCAUCUAACAAUAACGGAUAGCUCUUUCAGUUGUAUUCGUAAUUGAUAAGCAGCUAGUAAGUAUAGACUCUGUGAUGUAGUCCCGCCACUUUCGAUCUGUUCUUCUGGUUUUUCUUGUUUGUUUGGAAUCAAAAGAAAGGAAAGGAAAAGAAAAGAAAAAGAAGCGAUUGAUUUUAUUGUUAUUGUUAUUAUUAUUAUUAUUAGGGAGGUUGAGGUCGUAUGAUGUUUUGUGGUGUAUUAAAAGAUCGAGUUCAGAAUUGGCUUCGCGAUUAUGAUAGGCUUCAGUACUUGGCUGUCAUCCUCAUUUAUAUUCAGAUUGGGUGCGCUUUGAUUGGUUCUCUUGGGGCAUUGUACAACGGUGUGUUGCUGAUCAAUUUGGGAAUCGCAUUGUUCGCUCUGGUCGCUAUCGAGAGUAGCAGUCAGAGUUUGGGUCGGACCUACGCCGUUCUUCUCUUUUGUUCUAUUUUGCUUGAUAUUUCUUGGUUCAUUCUCUUCACUCAUGAUAUUUGGAGCAUUUCUUCAGAGAAAUAUGGAAUGUUCUUUAUCUUUUCGGUGAAACUCACUUUAGCAAUGCAAAUUGUUGGGUUUUCUGUGAGGCUGUCAUCCUCAUUGUUGUGGAUUCAGAUUUACAGAUUGGGGGUUUCUUAUGUAGAAAGUACUGGUCCUCGAGAAGCUGAUUUUGAUUUAAGAAGUAGCUUCCUGAGCCCAGUAACUCCUGCUGUAGCAAGAGAAUGCUCUGAUUCUGAUGUUGCUUUAGGAGGCUCCAUUUAUGAUCCAGCUUAUUACUCAUCCCUAUUUGAAGAUGGUCGGAACAAUAGAUAUAUACAUGGGGAUCAAAAUUCCAGUAUUCUUGACAAUGGAUCCACUUCUAGUGCUGAAGUUUCUCAGUCGAAGGGGUCCAUAGGCAGAUCUUUCCAGACCAUAGAUGAGGAGAAUGCCAUAGGCGAGCCUCAGGCUGUCUGAAUUAGAUUCUGGUAUUUCUGAAAUAUCAGGCUUUGAAGUCACACUCCAUAGUGUUAUUGUUUUGAGGAUGAAUUCCUUGAUGAGGCCAGUUGUGUGCAGAAUGGUGCUUGUACAGUUUUUUUUUUUUUUUUUUUUUUUUUUUUAAUUCUUGCCAUUUUCCGCCAAGAUGAUAGCUGCCAAUCUCUGAGUUGAAAGAACUGCCUGUUCAAUCUCUGCAAGAGUAUGAUAGUAAAGUCAAAGGUUCUGCCAUUUUUGCAAUUUGAGUGGGCAUCAUGUGAGUCCAUUAUGCGAUAUUAAGCGAAGGAUGCGUGCAGGUCUUUCGAAGCUCUGAAUUUGGUGCGGUAUCAAACUAUUUAAGCCUAGCGUACAGGCAAAGCGAUUCAGUUUGGCAUGUGGUGCAGUCUAAUUGGCCAGGCUAUCUCUAGGUCCAACCGUCAAUAACAUUCUUAUUUUGAAGAGUUCCUGAAAUUUGAUUAAUUACCGUUUUUAGAA